GCGAAUGGUCACAUUUUUUCUUGCUUUGUGUUUUCUUGCAAAAAAUAUUGUUGUUUGUCGCAUUUAUUUGCUGAUAAAGUGUAAUUUGGAAAGCCAAAGCCACAGAAUGUCCGACAACGAUGACGAUUUUAUGUGCGACGACGAUGAGGAUUAUGGAUUGGAAUACUCGGAGGAUAGCAACUCGGAACCGGAUGUGGAUCUGGAGAAUCAGUACUACAACAGCAAGGCUUUGAAGGAGGAGGAGCCCAAGGCUGCUUUGGCCAGUUUCCAGAAGGUUCUCGAUCUGGAAAAUGGCGAAAAGGGAGAGUGGGGAUUCAAGGCGCUGAAGCAAAUGAUCAAGAUCAACUUUAGACUGUGCAACUACGAUGAGAUGAUGGUGCGCUACAAGCAGCUGCUCACUUACAUCAAAAGUGCCGUGACCAGGAAUCAUUCUGAAAAGAGCAUCAAUUCGAUCCUGGACUAUAUAUCCACGUCGAAGAAUAUGGCCCUGCUGCAGAACUUUUACGAGACCACGCUGGACGCCCUGCGAGAUGCCAAAAACGAUCGCCUGUGGUUCAAGACCAACACCAAGCUCGGCAAACUCUACUUCGACCGCAGCGAUUUUACCAAGCUGCAGAAGAUACUGAAGCAGUUGCAUCAGAGCUGCCAGACAGACGAUGGCGAGGACGACCUGAAGAAGGGCACCCAGCUGCUGGAAAUCUAUGCCCUGGAGAUUCAGAUGUACACGGUGCAGAAGAACAACAAGAAGCUUAAGGCCCUCUACGAACAGUCGCUCCACAUCAAGUCGGCCAUUCCACAUCCCCUGAUCAUGGGUGUGAUUCGUGAGUGCGGCGGUAAAAUGCACCUGCGAGAGGGUGAGUUUGAAAAGGCGCACACGGACUUCUUUGAGGCGUUCAAAAACUACGAUGAGAGCGGAUCGCCACGGAGGACGACUUGCUUAAAGUACUUGGUAUUGGCUAACAUGCUGAUGAAAUCCGGCAUAAAUCCCUUUGACUCACAGGAAGCCAAGCCGUAUAAGAACGAUCCUGAAAUCCUGGCCAUGACAAAUCUGGUGAACUCCUAUCAAAACAACGAUAUUAAUGAGUUUGAGACCAUUUUGCGUCAGCAUCGCAGCAACAUCAUGGCCGAUCAGUUUAUACGGGAGCACAUUGAAGACUUGUUGCGAAAUAUUCGCACCCAGGUGCUCAUAAAACUGAUCAGGCCCUAUAAGAACAUUGCUAUACCCUUCAUAGCCAAUGCGCUAAACAUAGAGCCAGCUGAAGUAGAGAGUCUGUUGGUCUCCUGCAUUCUAGAUGACACCAUUAAAGGACGGAUCGACCAAGUUAAUCAGGUGCUCCAGCUGGACAAGAUCAACAGCAGCGCCUCGCGAUACAAUGCGCUGGAGAAAUGGUCCAACCAAAUCCAAUCGCUGCAGUUCGCCGUAGUUCAGAAAAUGGCCUAAGCUUGUGUCCUAUAUGGCUUUGAAACCGAUUAAAAUUAUUGAAUUUAAACUAAA